AUGUCUGGGUGUGAUCUUGGCUGUACCAAACAGUGUUCAUCAGUGCUCAAUAUGUUUACAUUGUGCAUGUCUCGGGGGCAUCCUCCCUUACAAAACACACGACUGGAAAACAAUGUUGCCAACAAACAAGUAAAAGGCGGAUACCUCCUUCGAUAUAAACGAGGGUUAUUUUGUAAUAGUUGGUGUGAGGAAUGGUUCGUUUUGUAUGAGGAUUCGACGUUGGCGUGGUUUAAAGACAAAGGAUUGGGUCGGGCCAAAGGCCACUUGCGUAUCAGUGAAUGUCCAGAUUUGUUAGCUGUGGGCGAAUGGACGCGUCAAGUGCCCAAAAGGCCCCCAUUUCCGCGCAAUUACCAUGUGGGACAGCUCCUCGCUGUUGGUACAAGAAUGUCCCAUGAUGUGCAUUGGCUCAUGGCACAAUCCGCAGCCGAAGUCAAUGACUGGAUGACUGCGAUCAGCAACACGUUACCACCACCACCAAACUUACCACCAAUCAAAAAACAACGUUUCACGUUCCAAAAAACAAACAAUUGCUACAAAUGCAACUCGCUGAAAAACGAAGCUGAUUACGCCAUGAUUUCGGGGGUUGCUAUCGAUUGGGGCCAUGGGUGGGGCUGGGGUGCACACACCGCCUGUGUGUCCGAAACUGCAACUGCUCUCGAAGCUGCUGUCAAUUCGGCCAUUCAUUGUCACGCAUUGGGCGAUUUCGGUGUUAGUGGAAUGGACGAAGUUGAUUGUAGUGCAUUUGGGGACUUUAUUUUUUAAAAACUAAAAAAAAAACGUAACAAUUCUAAACUAGGGUGGCAAAUCGCUCAAUAUUUUAUAGAAAACUGACAAGCUACGAAUUGGAUGUUGCUAAGUAACGAACAUUAACAAACUGUGUGUGUUGUUCGUUACCAAGAAACCACAACUAUUAAUUAGUCGUGUUACUUAGCAACACCAAUUUGGAACAAAUACUAUAUACAUUUUCAUUUCCGUCCAUAGAAAUUUAUAAUUUGCAAAUUAAACUAAAUGGAUUAUCCCAACAAAGCUAUUUCUAAAGAUGCAACUGUCAUUCCUUCACAUAAGCAAUAAAAUUCUCUUUAGAGACAUUCUAAAUCUCGUUUCCAUUAAAUGUAAUGAUAAACUGUCAUAUCCAUUUAUUAAUACUUCUCCUAUUGAAUGUAUGUAUUGUAUAAUUUAUACAAAAAAACAACUCCAUGAUUAAAGGUGCUCUAAACCGUAAGAUUUGCUUAUAGUUGUUGUUAUUGUAAAUGUUUUGUAGAUAAAUGUAAGAAUAUUUUUGUUAGGUUAGAACUCGAAAAUUAGACUGAUGUGGUAACAAAAGAAUAUUUCUACAUGUAAAAAUGUAAUCAAGUGAGUAGUUGUCAAGUGUCGUAGUCAAGGGGGCUCUGAAAAUUUUAUGACACAUGUCACUUAUCUGUCAAAUUUAUAAUUUUUUUGACAUUUUAUUAAACGUAACAUGGAAUUUUCACAGCACUCUUAUUCAAACAGAAAUAUAGUUACUAUACAGAAUGAAUAUAAAGUAUGGCACCAAGCGGUUUUUAAUUUGUCUUCAGAAAAUAAUAAUUAAUAUAUUUUGAGAACGAAAUUUUGUCUUGUUUUUGAGUUAUGCCAUUUUUUUUAGUCAAAAUUG